CUCUCUCUCCAAAUUAUUGGGAGCACAGCACAUGGUUUUGUGGGAGUCCACUACUCUAUGUUCUCUUGUAACCAGAUGGUAUUUUUUUGUUCUCAUUAGUGUCUGUCUCUACCAGUUUCAUGUGACUUCUUCCUCAAACUGGUCACCAUCUAGCCCAAAAAAAAAUUCUUCAAAAACGCUCCCUCAUUAAGAGAACAUGGCCAAGGGUGUUGGAAAAAGCCUCAAGGGCAAGAAGAUUACCCUCAAUGUGGCCAAGAAUUGCAUCAGAAUCACAUUUGAUGGGAGAAAACGCCUUGACUUGAGCAAGAUGGGAAUCACCACCUUUCCCAAGUGUAUUCUGCGACUCAAUGAUGUGGACGAGCUUGACCUUAGCCGGAAUCUGAUCAGGAAGAUACCUGAGUCCAUCUCCAGGUUCCAGAACCUGCGGUGGCUGGACCUACACAGCAACUACAUUGACCGGCUUCCAGAGUCCAUUGGCCAGAUGACCACCCUGCUUUACCUCAACGUCAGCAACAACAGACUGACCACCAACGGACUGCCCGUGGAACUAAAUCAGCUCAAGAACAUCCGCACUGUGAAUCUGGGUUUGAACCAUCUGGACAGUGUGCCCACCACACUGGGGGCAUUGAAGGAGCUGCAUGAGGUGGGACUCCACGACAAUCUGCUGAACUCCGUCCCUCCCAGCAUCUCCAAGCUCCCCAAACUGAAGAAGCUCAACACAAAAAGAAACCCCUUUCCAAAGGCAGAUGAAUUAGAAAUGUUCGCAGACACCAUCAAGAGGCUAGAUAACCUAUAUCUGGUGGAGGAAAAGGAUCUUUGUGGCCCUUGCCUUCGAAAAUGCCAACUGGCCAGGGAAAAACUGAACAGGAUCAAGAGCAUGGCCUCAUCAGUACCAAGAAAGGCCAUCUUUUCCAAUUUGGUCUCACCCAAUUCCAUGGCUAAGGAAUCCCAAGAAGACUGGAGGUGAACUGGGAACCACCCCCCAAGGCAGGAGGGGUAAAGGUGGGAGGGAAGGGAGAAGUAGGCUGCACCCACAGGAAAGGGAGGGCUCUUUUGUUUCUGCAGUAGCCCUUCCACUCAAGCCCAUAAAACCUUUCCCUAUGUCCUUGGCCUGUGGUGUUGUUGACUGAAAGGCUUUUGGUUCCUUGUAAUUCUGCACAUUACUCUUUCCUCUUCAUGCACACACACACACACGUAUAGGCACAAAGAGUCAGGAAAGGGCAUUCAUCAGUCCAUCUCACUUCUGCACCAGAACUCUCCCUGCAGCCCAUGGCCCAGGUGCCAUUGCUGCCAGCACACUUAUUAUCACUAGUAUUUCAGGACCCACUGCCAGCUCCAAAAAUGUGGAGCUUGUUCCACAGGAAUGUUUUGGAUCAGGGUUUCAUAGGCCAGCAAUCCUGGAGCUUGGGUUGGUAGGAGAGCAGGCACUGGUUUUGGGCGGAAGACAGAGUCAGGCCACAGAGAUGGACAGGUAUUAUUAAGUAUUGGCAAGUAGCAUCUUGGAACUACAGCAGUACUCUUUCUUUUAUCUGCACACUCAUAGUUUGCCCUAGGAGUUUUCUAAGACUAAACCUGCAGGCCCUUCAUGGACUGUGAAUGAAUAAGCACAUUUUAUCCAGUGCUUUUCCAGACCCUUGUACAGAGAAAGGAAAGAGUGGGGAUAGGUAUGGGUUGGUACACUCCAUAAGUAAGUACCUUCGUAGGCAACCUGCUAGGUGCAGGGACCAUGUCCAGUGGGGAAAGAUUAGCUGGCAUUGUGAAUUCUGGGGAGAUGGGGCAGAACAGCAUACUCUGAGGGAUUCAAGAGA